GGAAUUGACAAAUUGAUUAAGCAUUACUUUCUACAUGCAACAUUUGUAUUAUUUGGGAUUUAAGUGUUGGAAAUAUAACAGUGUGGUGAGUGUAAUAUGUAAAAUGGAGUUAUUGUGUUGCCCUAGUCGAUGUCGCCUGCGGCACAGCAGCUUGCUGCCGAGUUCCUCAAUCGAAAAAGGAUCUUCGUAUGCCGACUCAAUACUGUUACCACAAAAUAUAAAUCAGAUUACUCAAAUAAUUUACGAUGGAGUAGGAAGAACGACGAAGCCACCUGAAGAGUUAUCAAAAUUGUACAUAGGCAAUUUUGAAGCCCCAGUUCCUCCUACUUCGAUGGGUUGCCCUAAUAUUGAGUGGGUGGACGGCGAUCCGCCAUCUCUCCACGGGGGCGAGUACACCCUUGCAGAAAUCCGCUAA